UGAUGCUGUCAGUGGAAGGAGGGGGGAGGAAGAAGGAUCCGCCGGCUCCGGCAGCAGCGGCACCAUCCCAUGUGUUGGAGAGGAGAACAGAGAAAAGGAUGCGUUUGGAUGCGAUCAGGGAAACACUGAACCGCUCGGCUGCUUAAUCUCGUUUUAGAACAUACAAUUUUGGUUCCUAAAAAUGCUUCCUGGCUCAUCGUCCGCGCAGAUGGAGGGAUGCGAGGAGGAGAGGGACACUGUCAUUCAAACAGAGUGCACCAGACUGACGGAGGAAAGAGAUGAGGCUGAACGACAGCUCAAACACAUCAAGAGAGUGUCUCAGAUGGUGAUCGAGGAGGUCAGCGUUCUGCAGACUCAGCUGGAGAUUGAGAAGUCCUGUCGGGAGAAUGCAGAAGCUUUGGCCACAAAGUUGAACUGCGAGAACAGGAAGUUGAAGUACCUCAGCUUGUCGUCUCGGCCGUGUCUGGACGAGCUGCUCCCCAGCAUCUCUGACUGCAUCGCUCUGGAGGCUGACACGGACGCCGCCGACUGCAGUCCGGACACCUUCACACAGUAUCAGGAGCAGGUCAAAGAGCUGAGGGACACCGUGAGCAGCUUGUUGGAGGAGAAGAAGAACUUCGUCUGUCAGAUUCAUGACCAGCAGAGGCGGAUAGAGGAGCUGAUGGUUCAGGCGGAGAAGGAUCAGGCGGCGAUGAAGGAGCUCCGUGAGACUGUGGAGCAGCAGAGGACCACCAUCAAGAGGUUCAACAGAGUCUCCAUGAUGGCGACUCAGGAGUUCGAGGGCAUGAAGGAGCAGCUGGACCUGGAGCAGAGUCUUCGGGUCAAAGCAGAGUCGUACGCUCACGAGAUGCUGGUCAAGCAGAAGGAAGCCAACCGUCAGAGCAUGUUGCUGCUCCAGAACUCGGAGCCCAGCGUGCAGCUGCUGAAAGCUCUGGAGGACGUGGCCACCAUCACCAAGACUCUGGAGGAGGAGCGUCUGGAGCAUCAGCAGAAGGUGCAGAGUCUGGAGUCUCAGCUGGAGCAGAGCUGCAUGAAGAAAGAGCUGGAGACUCUGCAGAGGCAAUUGGAACUGCUGGAGGAGGAGAAGAAGGAAGUGGAGGGACGACUGACGCAGCAGCAGAAGAGGAGUCAAGAGCUAGAGAAGCGAAUUCAUGAGCUGCAGAUGAAGGAGGAAGUCGCCACGACGACCAGCACUGCUCCCCCUCCUCCUGAACCUGCUGUGGCGCCACCACCUGCCCCCAUCCCGCAGCCUCCCCCGCCUCCCCCGCCUCCUCCACCUCCACCGCCUCCACCCCCGCCCUCCAGAUGCAACCCCCUGAGUUCUCUGAUCGCCAUCAUGAGGAAGUCCUCUAAAGGUUCCAAAGGCUCGGUGAAGGCCGAGCAGCCUCAAGCGUCGGAGGGCGUGGACGACGUGAAGGUGAAGGCGGUGAACGAGAUGAUGGAGCGGAUCAAACAUGGCGUCGUCCUGCGGCCGGUCAAGAGCCAGGAGAGCAAGCGGGUCGCAGUCAAACAGCCGCCGGUGAGUGAGGAGAAGCCACAGGAAAGUGCCAUGGAUGAGCUCAAAGGAAUUUUGGAAACGGUGAAGCGCAGUCCCAGCAGAGGCUCGCAGGAGGCCACGCCCUCGCCGCCCAGCAAGAAGACGGACAGCGAGCUGGAGGUGAUUCUGAGACGCCGGCGCAACAAAGCGGGAGAAGCUGGCUCUGGAGAUGAGCGGGACGGUCAGCUGAGCCAUGUCUCGUCCUCCGACAGCCUCAACGGGAGACGAGCCAGCACCGACUCGGGCAAAGAUCUGGAGGGUCCAAACGGAACCCUGAACCCAAUGGUCAGCGUUCAGAGGCGCGGGUCCGGACCUGGGCCCAUCGUGGCGAGGAGGAAGAGCUCGGACACGGGCAGAGAGCCAAGAGCCGGGUCCUGGCAGGAGAGGCGCUCCUGCAGCUCGAUGUCGGAGAAAGACUCGGCUGAGAGUCCGGUCAACGGCUGCAUCAACAGUGCGGAGGAAGAGGCAGCUGUGAAUGGGACCUUGAAAUCCGUCCAGUCCAAUGGAGUCGACCAUGUGGAGCCCGGCGAGGACGCCGACGUUUACACCGCUCCUGUGAAUGGAAGCGGUGACGCCGAGUGUUAGAGCGAGCUCAGAGCAUCCCCAAUGUUUGUGCCUGUAACCUUCACAGAUCCGCAUCCUCCCAGCGAAUCAAACGGAGGCAUGUGGAAGUUACAGAACACAACACUGUGGGACGGACGUGAACUGACCGAGGGAAGUUGCACUCGUUUUGCACAGAACCUCAUUUCUUUUCUUUCGCUCUCACGAUUCUUGCUUCAGUUUCCGUUUCAGAUUUUACUGGCUGACUUUUAAACUACUGCACUGUACUGUUGUCCUUAUCAUCUGUGAACUGGGGGGCUGCACGCAUAUGUUGGGUCACAUGACCAGAUGUUCCGUAAGCCGGUGUGUAGUGAGUGUGAUGUAGGUGAAGUUACUUUGAGUUACAGUGGGAACCUCGGUGGACGGAAACCGACAUGAUAAGGGUUGGAACCCUGUAAAACUGUCAUACCAGCAGCAGUAAUGUUACGUCAGAAGAUAUCGCAUUAGCACGGCCAACAUCAAUCGUAGUAAGAAAAUGCAAAAACUGCUUCCUGUUUGUCCAACCUGAGGUUGAUGGUGCAGCCCUCUUCUCUGGUAGCUUCUUUCCCAGGUGCUGAGUGAAACCUCCUCCUCCUGCUUCUGAGAGUGAGGAACGACAACCAGGAACAAAGAGGACGAGACAGUUCCAGUGAACGCAACUGUUUUGUGUUCACAUGGUGGACGUCGACGUGUGAGCGUUCUACCUCUCCACAGACACCUGCCUCCUGAGUCACUGGCCAAGCUCCCUCCACCUGAGAACACGCGUCUUCCUCUUGCCCUGGUGGCCUGUAUGCACACGACACCCCCCUGUUACGUCCAUCACCGCGCACUUCCUGUUGUGCAAAAAGUAUGCAAAUACAUAUUUGUGAGACGGCUUUUCUUUUUUCAAAGCACAGAUUCACCAUUUGCAGUGCAUUUUUCUGUCCCUUUGUUUGACUCUAAUGCAAUUGAAAGUGCUGAUAAGGCUGCACGUGAACCAGGGCAUAUCGGCUGGAGCACUGCUUCACUGUUGUUUGCCUUAUGUUGACCAUGAGGGAGGUGUGAGUGUAGCGUGGGGUUCGCAAGUGUGAACCUUAACACCAGUGACGGACAGGUCAAACCUCAGACAAACAUCAUUUUAAUGGAACGCCCCCUAUUGAGCUCUGAAAACACUGCUUCGUGAAACCUUAUCGACCGAUCACUAGAGAAUACAAUAACCGUAUGUCGAUCCCUCUGUUUACUGAGCUCAACUUAGAGUGUAGCUCUUGAUUUUGAAAUGUGUUUGCGGCAACAAUUCUAUGUUUGUACUCCACAAAUAGUCACUUCUCCAUAACAUCAUGGUCCACCAAUGCAUCUCUCUCAAACAAAUAUAUGCACAUGUGGAAUAAAACCAACGACUAGAAACUGUACAAAUCAGCCUUAAAUGCAAUACAUUUAGCAAACUCCACCUUCCUAUUGUGUAGAUACGGGAAAACAUUGUGGAUCAAGCUGCAACGGAAUUUUUUUUUCUGAUGGUUUGCAAACCACAUGAUACACUCACAUCUCCAAAUGAUUCUUCUUACUCAUUUUCCAAUUCCUGUUAACCCGGUGGUUACUUGCCGAUGAUGAAUCGCUGUAUACUGAAGGCUGUGUGUGCGAGUAUGUGUGUGUGUGCUGAGGAUAUAAAUGGAUUGUGAAAAGAUUUUUUUAAAAAUGGGUUUUCAUUUUCGCACCACUAGAAAUAAAUGACAAAUGAAUCCUAUCUAU